AUGGCCGACUCCGACGAAGAAUAUGUGGGCGAGGUAACAGAGGAUGAAGAUGAUCUUCAGGUGACUCGAGGCGACACACGGGCCAGGAAAAGAAAGCAGCGCGGAGGCGCAGAAUGGGAGCUAUCCAGAACCUGGGAGACUCUGGUGGAAGGUGCAGAUGGAACCAUCAAUUCGACCGUCGAGGGCCUUCUGGAGGCGGGCAAACGGAAAAGGCUAUUGAAAGAUACGACACCACUGCAGCGCGGUAUCAUUCGACAUCUCAUCCUCAUAAUCGAUCUUUCACAGUCUAUGUCCGAGAAAGACCUACGACCGACACGGUACCUGUUAACGCUUCGAUAUGCCCAGGAGUUUGUGAGAGAAUUCUUUGAGCAAAACCCCAUUUCCCAGCUCGGCGUCCUUGGACUGAGAGAUGGUCUUGCCCUUCGAGUCAGUGAUAUGAGCGGCAAUCCAACGGAGCAUCUCGCGGCCAUUCAAGCGCUAAAAACACAGGAUCCCAAAGGUCUUCCCAGCCUCCAAAACGGAUUAGAGAUGGCACGUGGUGCGCUUUUCCAUACGCCGAGCCAUGGCACUCGUGAAGUGUUGAUCAUUUUUGGGUCUCUCCUCUCCUCUGACCCUGGAGACAUCCACCAAACAAUAAGUACCCUGAUCAGCGACAAGAUCCGAGUUGGGAUCGUCGGUCUCGCCGCGCAGGUUGCAAUCUGCCGUGAGCUUUGCACCAAAACAAGUGGCGGGGACGAGACAGCGUAUGGAGUGGCACUGAAUGAACAACACUUUCGAGAGCUGAUGAUGGACUGGAGUCCAACCCUUCUCUCUGCGCGUGUCAUUCAAAGCCCUCGCGAGGAGGCUAUCUCUGCUCACGAUGCAAUAGCAAAAAAAGAAAAGCUCGCCCCAGCGAUUGACUUUGCGGCCUUCAAGUCAUGGUUGGCGUCACAGUCAACGGGAAAGUCCCAAAUUCCAGACAGCCAGGAAGACUCGUCGCAGGCAUCUACUGGGUUAUCCCCAGAACAGAACAUGGCAGAUUCAACAAAUGCAGAGCCCGCUUAUCCAUCGUCGUUUGCGCAUAUUGUGGAACUGAUCACUACUGGACAACCAAUUCCCGGAAUUCAGGACAUACCGGAUACAGUGUUGACUGGACAUGAUAUCUCGAGCGAGAAACCCCGGCGACGGAAACCCUGGGAGAAGGAAGACCUGGAAACCGCUCCCAGUGAGACCGCAACUGGUGCUCCUUGA